CACCUGCUCCGCGGCUUCCGCCAAAUCCAUUAAAUUAGUUUAAAAUUGUGAACAUCGAUUGAUUUUCUGAUUUUAUCUGUUGAACAUAACGUCAGUCUGUCUCUGAACCUUCAGGAUCAAGCAACUCAUUGGAAUCUAACGAAUCAGGCUAUCGGCAUAAAGCGAACGUACGUUUUUCGAAUUCUCCACGAUGGGUAAGGAAAAAAUUCAUAUAAACAUCGUCGUCAUUGGCCACGUCGAUUCUGGAAAAUCAACGACUACCGGUCAUUUGAUUUACAAGUGCGGCGGCAUCGACAAGCGCACCAUUGAGAAGUUCGAGAAGGAGGCUCAGGAAAUGGGCAAGGGUUCCUUCAAGUACGCUUGGGUGCUGGACAAGCUGAAGGCUGAGCGCGAGCGCGGCAUAACCAUCGACAUUGCACUAUGGAAAUUUGAAACGGCCAAGUACUAUGUAACCAUUAUUGAUGCUCCUGGACAUCGAGAUUUCAUCAAGAACAUGAUUACGGGCACUUCGCAGGCCGAUUGUGCCGUUCUUAUCGUGGCUGCUGGCACCGGUGAGUUCGAGGCUGGCAUCUCUAAGAACGGUCAGACACGCGAACAUGCACUGUUGGCCUUUACCUUGGGUGUCAAGCAGCUGAUUGUUGGCGUCAACAAGAUGGACUCCACCGAGCCGCCCUACAGCGAAGCCCGCUAUGAGGAAAUCAAGAAGGAGGUAUCUUCGUACAUCAAAAAGAUUGGCUACAAUCCUGCCUCUGUGGCAUUUGUGCCCAUUUCCGGCUGGCAUGGCGACAACAUGCUCGAGGCUUCGGAGAAGAUGCCCUGGUUUAAGGGCUGGACAGUGGAGCGCAAGGAAGGCAAGGUGGAGGGCAAGUGUCUGAUUGAUGCCCUCGACGCAAUUAUGCCGCCCCAGCGGCCCACCGAUAAGCCAUUGCGUUUGCCGUUGCAGGAUGUGUACAAGAUUGGUGGCAUCGGAACCGUACCCGUGGGACGUGUUGAGACUGGGCUUUUGAAGCCAGGCAUGGUCGUUAACUUUGCGCCGGUCAAUUUGGUCACUGAGGUAAAGUCAGUGGAAAUGCAUCACGAGGCAUUGACCGAAGCGUUGCCCGGCGACAACGUCGGCUUCAACGUCAAGAACGUCUCCGUGAAGGAGUUGCGUCGUGGCUAUGUAGCUGGCGAUUCGAAAAACAAUCCACCAAGGGGUGCAUCCGACUUCACUGCCCAGGUGAUUGUUUUGAACCAUCCUGGCCAAAUAGCGAAUGGGUACACUCCGGUUUUGGAUUGCCACACGGCUCAUAUAGCGUGCAAGUUUGCUGAAAUCAAGGAGAAAUGCGACCGCCGUACCGGCAAGACCACUGAGACCGAUCCUAAGGCAAUCAAGUCGGGCGAUGCAGCUAUUAUAAUGCUGGUGCCCACCAAACCUCUGUGUGUCGAAAGCUUCCAAGAGUUUCCGCCACUGGGACGCUUUGCAGUGCGCGACAUGCGUCAAACUGUUGCCGUGGGCGUCAUUAAGUCUGUCAACUUUAAAGAGACGACCUCGGGCAAAGUGACAAAAGCCGCUGAGAAGGCACAGAAGAAGAAAUAACUAGGGUGCCAGCAGAACUACAGUGAAUACCACACCCAAACACAACAUCAAAUUCAACAGAAAACCGUAACACAUUUAAAAAUUAUAUUUACUCGACAAACACAACAGAGGCGAAGGCCGUUAAAGAAUGGCGCUGGAAACAAAACAUCAACUAAUAUUAAAAGCUUCAUGCUGAUAUAUAAAAUUAAAGAAUUACUACAAGUUAUAAUAAUAUUCAUAGACAGAUUUAGUGCAGAGCAGUUAAUGAACACAUCCCAAACCGGAAGCAACCGUAUUAAAAGAAAUUCACUUUCCAAAUCGUAUGCCGAUGACAGCAACAAACGGUUUUUAAACACAAGCAUCACUAUGCCGCCUCUAUCUUCGUGUGUUGACGAAGACGCCACCAUCGCCAUACCAAAGGCACCUCGACAGGAUGCUUUCAGGGUCCUCUCCACUUUCGCAUUCAUUAUCUACUGCAUCUAUUUGAUUUUGUAUCGCCACCGGAAGUCCUUUCGCAGGAAACGGCCCGGAAGCCGAAUCAUAGGCAAUCUUAGCCGGUGGAUGCUGCUAGUGCACACAGAAGUAGAAACGUAAAACACAGACACACACCUAUCAACGGCAUUUCACCAUCGACAACAUCUUUUUGACCGGAUGGAUGGAUUUUAAACAUUUUUAUACUUUUGAUAAGUCAGCACGACGGAGUCACAUUCGCUUUAAAAUCUAUUAAACAAAGUGAUAGUUAUUUCAAAAAAAUUAGUUUUAAACCCACAUCUACAUCCAGCCCUAUAUAUUUAUUGUAUGCAUUAAUAAGACUACAUUCGUGAGGAAUUCAAAAUUUCACCAACUGCGUUUCACCCAGUUCCAAAAACAAAAAGACAAAUGCUUGAAAAGUAUUACAAAAACGACAUACUUUAAAACAUAAUCAUGCGGUUUUGAAAACAUUUUAAAUGUUCGUUUGAGCCUCGUUUAAUCAAUCAACGGUUUUCUCAUUGCCAUUGCUAUCACUUAAAACAACUUCAUCCACAUUAAAACACACACCUACACCCAUGAUUGAAAUAUAAAUAUAAUAACCACAAUUGAAAUUCAAGAACACGGGAGAUCGUGUCUUGAUUAUCAUAACUUUGAAAGAACUUUUAAACUGUAAACAAUUGAGAAACGUAAAAUGAAAAUAAAGAAAGCUUAACCAUAAAUUACCACAUA